CGUUUUUUUUCCGGUCUUUUUUUAUUACUAACAUGCCGAUUUCCUGCACUGUGGGAGGAAGUUUCGCGGGCCGGAUAUGGCCCGCGGGCCGUAGGUUGGGCAUCCCUGGUGUAGAGCAUUGAAUACUGAGUUUGCGGUCACAGACUACAGGAACACUGAGUAAGCGGUGACAGACUACAUAUUAUUUUAAUAUUAUAUACAUAUUGUUACUAACACUAACCCUCUGGCCACUAUAUACUGAGUAUGCGGUGACAGACUUGUUGGAUUCACUUUGUAAAUAGCAUUAGUAUCCUGGCUCGGUUUAUCUCUGUCUGCCUGUCUGUCUGUCUGUCCGACCGUCCCUCCAUCCGUCUCAUCUUCUUUAUGCAUGCUCUUUCGGUCAUGUAAUGGCGACGUGCAUUAAAAACCUUUUCGUUAUACGAUAUUUAUGCUUGAGCUCAAAUGUAAACUACCUUGCUUGGCUACUUUUAUUAAUGUUUCUUGCUUAUGAUUGGAUUAAACAGGUUAGUUUGAAUUCACAGCUUUAUUUUGUUAUAUGUUAUGUGUCAGUAAAAGUCUUUUUAGUUAGUUUAUGUCUGUCAGUACAAGCACGCCUGCUGGUUUUCAGCAGCAGCAGAUGAUCUGUCAGCGUUUGCUCCCAACGAGCAUCUACACAUUCAGAUAACGAGCGUUAUCAUCGCUGAUAAAGACACCAACCCUUCGAUGAUUGCAAAACGUGUGGUCAUCGAGACGAUCGUUGAGCAGUCCGCUGCGGUGCAGCAGUUGAAAUAAUAGCAGCAGAAAAACAGCAGCAGCAACAGCAGCAACAACAGAAGAAGAAGAAAAAGAAACGGAUAGCGCCUUGUUUCUCUUCGCGAAGGUCUGUGUGUUCACUGUGGACACUGUGCUAGGGAAAGUAACCAGAGCCCUCUGUUUCUGGAUGGACUACGACAUCCCCGAGUCCAGGCACCAGGAAUGCCCGCUGUGUCUGGAGAGAUUCAAGUCACCCCGCAUUCUGCCAUGCUUCCAUACCUUCUGCCUGCAGUGUCUGUCCCGGCUCAUCGAAACGCAGUCGUCCCGGAGUUCCUUCCCCUGCCCUACGUGUCGAACCAGGGUGAAGAUACCAUCAGGGGGCGCUGCCAAGUUCCAGGUCAACUUCUACAUCGAGAAUGACUCGCGAGGUCGUCUUCAUGCGUCUGAGGGUGCCUGCGUGUGCGGCGAAUGUCGCGACGCUACGUCCACGCAGGUGUGCGACGACUGCAACCAGCUCUUGUGUGAUUUGUGUACCGACCUCCAUGUCAGCGCACCUGACAGCAAGUGUCGCACGUCAAGCAGAAUGCAGGCUUCCCCUCAGGACCCAGCCAGCAACCAGCGCUCGUGCGUGCAACAUCCGCAGGAAAAGUACCGCUUCUUCUGUCAACCAUGUCGCGUGCCGCUGUGCCGAGACUGCAAGCUGACCUCGCACGAAGGUCACGCCACCUGCGACCUUCGUCAAGUGGCCGCGUGCCAAGGAGUUCUCCCUGGACGUGCAGCGGGCCGUUGAAGAGCUGCUGUUGCCGCAGCUGAAGCAGCAGCUGGAGCAGGCGCGGCGGCACCGCGAGGACUUGCCGCGGUGGAAAGGCGACAUCCUGGCGACCCUCACCCGGCGGGCCGAGGUCAUCAAGGACGCGGUGGACGCAUGCUUGUACGAGACGGUGUUCGCGCUCAUCAGCCAGAACAGCAGGGCAGAGGACGUCGUGGAGCAGACCCUGGGGGACAUGGAGCACCAGCUGGCAUGCUGCCAAAGCGUCUGCGACCACGUGCAGCACGUGGCGGAGAAGGGCUCUGACGCCGACAUGCUGGACGUGACGUCAGAGCUGGUCGCCUUCUUCGGACCGGCGGCAGGACAGGUCCGGCGUCCUCCCACCGCGGGUGACUCUCGGCUGAAUGCGUUCACGCGAGACGGAUGGCGGCUGGCCGUGCGCUGGAACGACUCGACCCCGGGGGCUGCAGCAGGUGUCAGCAGCGAAGCCUCGUCGUGCUGCCAGCAGUCGUUCACACUUCCAGUAGCACUGACGAAGCGCUGACCUCUGUGUUUGGAAGCGUUCACACUGACACAAUGUCACUGCUGGAGGACGCGAGGGACGACCUGGACAACGCAUCGAUAAUGACGUUAUCAACGGUUUUCAGCAAGCGCCGGCGGGGAGGGUCUAACGCCAGUUCAAAUGUUGACGAUGUCGUCAGGAGCAUUCAAAAUCGUAUAGGUACCUGGCUGCAGCUCUCUCGGUGAGGUCAGGUAAUUGGCUACAACACUCGGCAAGACUAGGGACUACAGACACUCACAUGGUGGCAAAUACUUUACACUCUCAGGGAGAUAAGCACUUGACUACAACACUUGCAGUGAGGUAUACCAAUACUCCCGAGGUUAGAUACUUUAAUGACAACACUCACAGUGAAUGUAAGUAGCGGAAACGAAUCCACGUCGAGCAGGGUUUUCUGGGAAGGCUGUGGACAUGGAGGCGUGCCAGGAAAUCGGUGCUUGACACACAUUGCAGCGUGUCUUUGCAACCUUCAAGGCAGAAGCAAGACCUCUGCUCACCUUCGAUUUCCUGUUGCUAUUUAUCUCCCUUCGACUAUAUCUGUGUGACUUUUAAACGUUAUUGUUUAUUGUUGAUUUGUGAUAUAUGACCGUGAUUUUAGGAGGCAAGGAACCUACCACGAGCCACACAUUGCGACGUUUGACCCCUCACCCCACCCCGUUCUUUAGUAAACGGUUCAUUAGCACCAUUUUCACCUUGGACAACGUGUGCAGCAUCUCAGCGCAGAAAUCUCAUCCACGAAGCCAUUGUUAGAUUGACAUGAGUGAGAUUUUAUGACUGCAAUUUUGUUUGUUUGUUUGUUUUGUUUGUUUGUUAUUAGCCUCAUGGAACGUGUCUGAUCCCUGCACGUUGUUUACUAAAGGCUUGUGAUCUGAGAUUGUUCUAGCAGUUUCUCCCGUCAUUCGUGGUGCCCGACCUGUUCGGUAAGACAGUGCACCGGAUGACGUCAGCAUUGUUCAAACAAAGCCAGUUACACCUUGUUGGUCCUUCUUGCCUAGAGCCUGCCAGCGCAAUAUCAGUGUCACCGAAUAACACAGUUAUAGAUAAUGACGAGAGAAAGAUAAUUUUCCUAUUUUGUUAAUGAGGCGAGACCUCUGUCUUCGUCACCUGAUGUUUGUCGGGUUCACGUGCACUAACAGCCAUUACUUUUUGUAAUGUGUAAUAAACUGCGAGUGUCUGCGUGCCAGUUAAAAAAAUGUCGAAGUCUUAAGACUGUUACAUCUCUUCUGCUUUGCUUUUGAUGUAAAUGGAUGCAUUGCCUUUCUAUUUCUUUGUUCUUCGCCAGCUGCAGCUCCCGCCACUAUCAUCAUCAUUUUAAUUACUUGAUUGAUUGGUACUUUGCCCUUCCCUUGACAUGGUGCGUGAGAUAACAGCUCUUUGUGAUAACAACACAUUGUGAUAAGUUGCUGUGUACAGCUGAGUCAAUAACAGUCUUUUUCAUUUAUGAUUUUGUUCUUUCUCUGACCUGGAGUAUAUAAUAAAGAAAAAUAAACAAU